CCGGCGACAUCCUUUGUCAGCUUCUCCACCCACCCUGUGCCCAUGCACCACCUGCCUUUUUCCAGAGGACUGGGGAAGAUGUGACCUCAAAAGGGCACCCAAAGUAAGAUGGAAUACCUUAUCUUUCACUGACUGCAAGCUGUGUACUCUUCUAAUGCAUUAUAAAUGAAGGCUCGGGUACUUACUCCUGAUAGCAGGAGGCAGAGUUUUCAGAGGAGCAGCCCACAUCUGAGUGUUGAUGUUAAUGCUGUUCAAAUUGGCAGUGCUGAGUAAAGCAGAAAACAUGACACUGUCAGGCUAUUCAGGCCAAGAUCCUACCUUUACAGAUCAAAAAGUCAGCUCUCAGCCCUUAAAGUUAGUACCACCAGCUCAAAAGAAAAAGAACUAAAUAAACAAUUCAUAUUCAAAAGAAAAAAAAAAAAACAACGAACACAAAGGUUGUUUAAGAGAAUGAGAACAAAUAUUUGUGUUGGGACAGUGCUGUCUCCUAUAGCUCCGAGGCAAGAGUACAGAGGUCCAGUGUGAGAGCUCCCUUGGCAGCAGUGUGUCACUUUCUCCCCUCCCACUCUGCCGGCGUAUCUGCUUUCAUGGAGAGCAUUCCGUUCUUCAUUGCUUUUAUUGUGUUAGAGUUUGCUGUCAGCUGGGUUCAGCAGCAUAAAUUGCCAGGUCGGAUCAAUGAUGGCAUAAGUUCUCUUUCAUUGGGUAUCCUAUCUCGACUUCCAGAUGUUUUAUUCAGAAGUGUUGACCUAGUUAGUUACAUCUAUGUAUGGAAUAACUACAAACUCUUUGAACUGCCCUGGGACUCACCAUGGACAUGGUAUUUGACAUUUCUGGGAGUGGACUUCGCAUACUACUGGUUUCACCGCAUCAGUCAUGAGGUUAAUAUACUGUGGGCAGCGCACCAGGUACAUCAUAGUUCUGAAGAUUACAACUUGUUCACAGCCCUGAGACAAUCCUUUCUGCAGAGAUAUACCUCCUGGAUGUUCAACUUACCCAUGGCUCUUUUCAUUCCACCAUCAGUGUUUGCUGUUCAUCUGCAAUUUAAUCUACUUUACCAGUUUUGGAUACAUACAGAGGUUGUCACUAACAUUGGUCCAUUGGAGUGGAUUCUUAAUACUCCUAGUCAUCACAGAGUUCAUCAUGGUAGAAAUCCUUACUGCAUUGACAAAAAUUAUGGUGGCACACUCAUUAUCUGGGACAGGAUAUUUGGAACAUUUGAGGCAGAAGAUGCUAAAGUUGUAUAUGGCUUAACACAUCCAGUAAAUUCAUUUGACCCCAUCCUGCUCCAGUUGCGUCCCUUGGCUCAUAUUUGGAAUACAUUUUGGGCCACACCUGGAUUCUGGAAUAAGCUUUCUGUCAUAUUCAAAGGGCCAGGCUGGGGACCAGGCAAACCUAGACUUGGCCUUCCUGAGGAAAUCCCAGCGGUCACUGGAAAUGAAGUUCCCUUCAAUCCAAAUGUACCAGCUUAUCUUAACUGCUACGCAGUGGUACAUUUUGCUGUAAUAAUGGAGUUGUAUAUUGAUCUUCUUGCUACUGUGACUACAUUAUCACAGGAAAAUAUUCUACUGAGAAUUGCCAUUAUCAUUCUAUCCCUGACCUCUUUUGGAUUUCUUAUGGAGAAAAGACCCAAAGCAGGAAUUUUGGAAAUCAUCCGCUGCUCAGUCUUCUUAGGAGUAUACAAACUUGGCUACUUAAGAAAUCAACUUUCUUUGUUGGACUACGCCUAUGAACUUAAUGAACUUAGAUCACUCCAGUGGGGAUUUGUUGUGAACAGCAGACUCAAUCCUGCAUUCAGUCCAUUAGCUAAGGUCUUGUUUUCCCUCUGCAUUGCAUUCUGGGGAAUUCAAACUAUGAGGCGGAUUACUUCAUCUAAAGAUAAACAUCUCUGAAAGAGCAAAUAUGACACCACUUGAAUUAUGGAAACAAUGCUUUGGAAUAACCUACGUUCCUUGGAAUUAAUCAGCUAUGACUCCUACUGAAUCAUAGUCAUUUUACAUAUGAUAGAAGGGGUUUGAUUUCAUAUGAAGAUUUGAAAGAUUCAUUGGAAAGUGAAUUUACUUGAUUUUUAAAAUAUUUAAUUUUACCUCUAUUUAAAUAAAAUGUUCAUUCAUAACAUUUUUUUUUUUUCAAAGUAUCACCGUGUCACAGAAGCCAUGUAAAACUAAUAGGAUUUUUCAGUAUGUUUAUUAGUAGUUAACCAUAUGUGAAAAGUAUUUUCAGAAUAGAAAUAUUUUAAAACAUAUUUGUAGCAAUCUGGUAUAAAGCAACCAGCUGAUAUAUGAAUAUCAGUUUUUCCAUAAGGGUCAUGGUUUGGUGUUCCUAGCAUACAGCUACAUGAGGAUGUAUAGUUGAGGCAAGACAAUUACUAAAAACAGCAUGAUAAAAUAUCUCAAAAUAGUACAAGUUGAAAUAUCUUCAGGAAAGUUGACGGAUAUAUGCAUUUUAUAAUGCAGGCUUUCAGUUUGGACUGAGUUAUUUAAGGAGUACACCUGCAAUUGCCAACCUUAGAUAUGAUCAAGCCAGCACUUGCACACAAGUAUCCCAUUGACUAAUGUUACUCACAUGACAAAAUAUUUGCAAGGCUGGGCCCUUAAUUCCUCAUAAUUUCCUGUGGAGGUGAUCUCAGGGGAGAUGCACAUCUUUCAGGAGCUGCUGGAAAGAUGGUUUCUACUAAGAUAGGAAAAUUAAAUACAAAUGGUAAAGGGAGUCUCCAAACAGCAGGACUGGCAAAAAUACUGGAGCUAGGUUGUUUUUCUUUCCUUAUGCUCUUCCAACUUCUACUUGGCUCCAGAACUUUUAGUAGUGUUUAAAGUCAAGUAGCUAAAAACUGCAAGCUCUCUUGCAUGCUUCAAGCUAACAAUAAUACUUGAAUUAAAAAUGGGAUUCUUUUGUUUUUCUCUUAUUCCAGUUUCUUUUAGGAUAGUAAGGGCAUGCUAACCAACUUCAAAUAUAAAGCGAGCCUAUUUUUAAUUAAUGCACCUUUUCAGUCUUAAGCCAUAAAAGAUGCCACAGACUAUGUAACUGGAUGUUUCUGGUAAGUCAUUAUUCAGACACUGAAUUUAUAUUAAUGAAAUUGCAGUGUUUUAAGUUACUCUGUAUUUAGAUCAAGUGACUUUUGCCCAUCACUUUAGAGUCUGAAAUGUUCAACUGAGGAAAUUAGGUGUUUGUUCAAUUAGAUAUACUAAGAUCUGGGCUGCAAAGUAAGGAUGAUACCUUCUUAACUUUAAGGCAUGCUUAAAUGAAAGAUUUACUUGUGGAUCAUCUUCACUGUAAAUAAUGAGAAGAUUAAAAAAAGCCCCAUGAAAGCAAUAAAAUUAAUUAUAUUUAAAGUACUUAUUUAAAAGUUUAAUUUGAACAUUUACUCAUAACCUGGUAUAAGUAAAUGUCUAUUUAAGAAAUGAGUAGAUACAAUUGUAUACCGCUGAAUACAAUCUCAUGAUUAACAUACUUGUGCAGCAGCCAGGAGUUCUACUGUUUCUGACCAAAACUUACCAUAUCUUUGCCUGAAUUUUCCCAUCUGUGGGAUCACAGUGAUGGUAGUAAUGAUUGUGUCUCUUGCCAUAAUUAAAGUAUGAAAUUUGGAUUGUUUCAAUAAAAAACUAUUAGAUAUUUAAGAAAAUAGCAGAAUCUGAUUCCAGAAGUACAACAUGAUCAACUAAAGUUUUAACUUCCUAAGUUGUACACCUAUACUUCAAAAAUUUAUAACAGUGACAUCAACAUUACCUCAAAAAAAAUUGAGGUCAAUUUAGUGACAGUAGUAUAAUAAACAGGAAAAUGAGUUAAUAUCUUCUAGUUUUUUCUUGGUCAGCUGAGGUAAAACUCCAUGUGUCUGUAUUUUUUUUUCUGCAAUGAAGUUUCAACUUUCUGUGAUACCAGUUGUUCUUAAGACACUGAAAAUCUGCAUUUAAAAAUCCACAGUCUUUGAAGGAAAAUAGUGAAGAUCUAAAUUAAAUUUUAAAGAUAUCAUAAUGAAUUCCAUUAGCUUACAUGAAGUAAUCAAAGGAAUGAGAUUUCAAAAGUAAAUUCAGAUUGAGAUACACAUCUCAUGCCUAUCAGUUUUCAGAGAUGUUUGGACAAAGCCCUCACUAAUAUGCUUUAAUUCAGCCCUGAAGAGGUCACACAGUUGGGCUAGCUGAUCUUUGAAGUCCCGCUCCUAGACCUAGAAUAGGACUAUCUAUUCUGUAUAAAUCACUAUUUUCUUAUUCUAUCAUUUGCCUACAAAAAAAUGACAAAAUACAGAUAACUGACAAAUACAGAAGGCACAGUAGUUUAAGUAAUAUGUUAUUCCAGAGACAGCAGUUGUAUCUGUAUGGGAUCCAUUCUAAUAAAUAUGUGAAAUACAGACAUAAGAUAACGUGUAUGAUGUAUGUUAGAGGUACUGAAAUCUACAGAAGCCUUACUUCUUUUACCUUUAAAGUCACUUCUCAGCUUGAUGGGAAUUUGGAAAUGAAACAUUCCUCUGUUCGCCAACCCAAUUUGGCCAAAUUUUCUGAGGGUACCUACCACUGUGAAUAUCUUACGUGUCUAAAAAGGCUGAGCCCCUUUUAAAAACUUUUAAAUCAGUCAUUAAAAGAGAGGCCAAAUUCAUUUCCUCUUUCCAAGAAAUUUUAAAUUUGUUUCCUACUUCCAAGGACUGUUGCCAUUGUGUAUAUUUUAUCUGAAAGUAUGGUACAGGAGAGGAGCAACUUGAGACAAUGAUUCCUAUGGCUGGAGAGUCAAAGAAGCUUGUUGUAUUGGUUAUCCCAGUAUCCUGUAUUUUAUAGCAAAGUCUACUAUGUAUCUAUAAACAAUUCUUUGGUUACAGAAUGGAAUUUAGAGUUUGCCUUUACCGGAAAAGAGUUUCAUGGACAGGCUUGUGGAAACGCUCUCGACUGCAUCAUUCUCCUGUUAGCUAUGUGAUAGGUAGCUAUAUCCCUGUUAAGCUGCUUCUCAUAAUUUUAUUAUAGGAACUAUUUUAAUUUUUAGUUACCUUAAACCUUAGAUCUAGUUCUAGAACUUGGAUCUAGUUCUACUGUCUCUAUUUUUGAAUUAUCAAAAGGCUCUCCAGGCCAGCUGGCUAGUGAAUUGAAUUAUGCAUUGUUAAUAUAUUACGUAACAUUAAUUGAAUGAAUUAAAUUCUGACUACAAACAUUGCUUAUCAUUAGGAUAUAUCUUCUUUCCACACAUUUUUAAGAUUUCAUGGCUUAUUUAUUUGUCUACACUGUUUAGUUCCAACAAUUGUAGGAUAAUUAUAUGAGAGUAUUAGUGAACAAAAUGUUUUUCUUGUUUAACAGAUGUUGUGCAAGUAACUUUUUCUUUUAGAGAUCCACUGUUCUAUAUCUCUGGAAACAAUAAUGUUCUGCAAGCAAAAGCCCUAGUAUCACAUGUCCAAGUCAGAAACAUUAUAAUUGCAUUUAUAGUAUAUGCAGUAUUGCUUAAGACUUCAAUUUGGUUUUGUUUAUCUUUAAAAUUCACACCUUUGGGAGAAUACCAACAAUCGACAGAAUCUUCUUUUUCUUUCAACAAGAGAUUUAAACAGUGACUUCCGUUACUCUUUCCAGCUGUUGUCACAUCCUUACACAAGCCCUUGCCCAAAGUUUGUACACAUCAGUAUCGUGUUAACUGAAAAUCCAGAGGUAAACAGCUGAAUCCUUUGUUCCCUUCAUACCUGACUUUGCCACUGAAGUCACUGAAAAUUUUGUUGCUGUCCUUCGUAUUGGAACAUUCCCUAUGUAGAAACAAGAGUGUUGCAAUAUUCACUGCAACUCAAGCUUUGGUAUAGUUAAUUAAUUAAAAGCAGUGUAGUUGCACAGCUACUUGUUCCUGGAAGCUGCUGCAUGAUUUUCUUUGUGCUAUGUUAAAAUCAGAGUUGAUAGGGGGAAAAACAGUGAAGUUACAGCUGCGUGUUCUGCAUUGCAGUUAGUAAGCUGCUUCACUCAAGUCUGCGGGAUUAUGGGCAUUGUUUCCUAAAAUUUUCUAAAAGAAAGGAACUGAUCACAUGACAUAUUUUGAAAUUUCUCUUUAAAGGCAAACAAAGACAUAUUUCUCUGAGCUUUCAGGAUUUCAUAUUACAUAAUUAGUACAAGGCUGAGUGGCGCUGAAGUGUAAGAGUUGUUCAGAAUUUUCUUAUUAGAUCUUUAGGUUUUAGUACAUAGAGCUGUGACUCAGACAUGAAAUUCAUUAGGGAGAGCAAAAAAUAAUUAAAGCAUUACUUUAAUUGUAUCUUGCAAUAUUAUGCAAACGAUGUUGCCCAUAGAUUGUUUUCAUUAAACUCUGCCUUCUGGAAUCGUAUAAUUGCUGAUUUUAUUUUGUUUUGCUUUAAUUAUUUACUUUUAUUAUGGAAUGUUUCUAACUGCAGAAAACAAGCUAUAGAUGUUUCAUAAUCUAAAAGACAGAUAAUAAGAUUUUAGCAAAUAAUAUUUUAAAAUACUUUCCUUUUUAAACUAGUAAUUACUUGAGGCUUGACUAGUGAACUCUUGGUAUAGCUAAUGCUGAAAAUGGGAAUGGGAAAGUGGGAAAAAAUAUUCUUGGUCACUCCUUUUUCCAUUCUUUUCAUACUUAUGUAUGAGAAAAUAUAACAAGGCAGAGUUUUCUUGGGUUUCCUGGUUCUCUGCUUGUAUUUAGGCUAUUAAGUUUGGGGUUAAAACAAAAUGAUCCAAAGAACAAACACUUAAAGGGCCCAGGGCCCACUACCCUAAGCCAUAGUGCGUCAUGUAGCCUCUAACUCCUACCAGGUGUGUUCAGUGCAAGCAAGAUAUAAUUUGUAUAGCCAGAGAUAAUUUGUAUACUUCAGGAUUGUGUGUUUCUGAAAAGAAAAUGAGUGUAAAAAUACAGAGUUUAAAACUAAGAUGCAAACCACAAGGUAAACCAAAAUUAGAUAUCUCACAUAUUGGAGCAGGCUUCCAUAUUAAUAGGGCCAAUGGAAAACUUGGCUCAAUCCUUUGUCAUUUUUGCCCCACCUAUGGAAAACAGCAGAAAAAUGUGGAAACAUUGAGUAAGAAUGAAUUGCUGAGUGUCCUUGUGUUUAUGGUUUGGCAAAGAAAAGUGACACAAAAUGAAUCCUCCCCUCCCUCCCCUUUCUAUAUUUUUAUGCUUCAUCCUUUAUUUCAGCCCG